GCGCCUCGUGGUCUUGUUCUUGGACGUGUAGUGCCGUGCAACGCGAAUCCAAGACUCCUCGAGCAACAUUGCUUGGUUCCAGACAGCGCCAUUAUAUACACCGCGCUGGUGGGUUGCGGCAAGAACAGAAGAGGAGAACAGUCUGUCGACUUCAGACCACACAUUUCAGCCACACGCGGAAGAGAGGAAGAGUGAAACUAGCAAUGAAGAAAACUAUCGUGCUGUACCCUGGCGUUGGCGUCGGCCACCUGGUGCCCAUGGUUGAGGUCGCCAAGCUCUUCCUCAAGCACGGCGUGGCCGUCAUCGUGGCGCUCGGCGACCCGGGGGUCGAGUCCACGGACUUCUCCGCCGCCGUCGCCCGCGCCAAGGCCUCCAACCCCUCCGUCCACUUCCACGUCCUGCCGCCGCCGCCGCCCGUGCCCGUGGACUCAUCAGACUCCCAAGUCGCGUCCACGAAGCACCACGUCACCAGGAUAUUCCAGUUCCUCACCGCCAUGAACGGGCCCCUCCGCGACUUCCUCCGCUCGCUGCCCUCCGUCGACGCGCUCAUCCUCGACAUGUUCUGCGUCGACGCCCAGGACGUCGCCUUCGAGCUCAAGCUGCCCGUCUACUACUUCUACGCGUCGGGCGCCGCCGCCCUCGCCAUAUUCCUCAACCUUCCGAGCAUGGUUGCCGGCAACAGCGCAAGGAUGAAGGAGCUCGGCGACUCUGUGAUCACUUUCCCGGGCGUUCCCCCGUUCAAGGCUUCGGACUUACCUAACGAAGUUACCAGCGACGGCGAAGCACUCCCGGCCAUCGUAGGCAUGUUCGACAGAAUGCCUCGCGCCGACGGCAUCCUUAUCAAUUCGUUCGACUCGCUGGAGCCGCGCGCGGUGCGCGCUCUGAGGGACGGGCUCUGCGUCCCUGGUCGCGCCACACCGCCGGUCUACUGCAUCGGGCCGUUAGUCUCGGCCGGAGGUGGAGGCAAGGAGCACGAGUGCACCACGUGGCUGGACGCGCAGCCAGACAAGAGCGUAGUGUUCCUCUCCUUCGGCAGCAUGGGCACCUUCUCCGCCAAGCAGCUUGUGGAGAUCGCGGUCGGGCUCGAGAAAUCAGGGGAGAGAUUUCUGUGGGUUGUCCGGAGCCCGCGCAGUCCGGACUUCACGUACGGCGACGCGCUGCCGGAGCCCGACCUCGACGCGCUCCUGCCGGAAGGGUUCUUGGAGAGGACAAAAGACAGAGGGUUCGUCGUCAAGUCCUGGGCGCCGCAAGUGGAGGUGCUCCGCCACAGGGCGACCGGCGCCUUCGUCACGCACUGCGGCUGGAACUCGACGCUGGAGGGCGUCACCGCCGGUCUGCCGUUGCUCUGCUGGCCGCUGUACGCAGAGCAGAGGGUGAACAAGGUGCAGAUAGUGGAAGAGAUGGUGCUCGGGGUUGAGAUGAGAGGCUACAACGAAGAGGUGGUUAAGGCCGAGGAGGUGGAGGAGAAAGUCAGGUGGGUCAUGGCGUCCGAGGGCGGCAGGGCGCUCAGGGAGCGGGCGGCGGCAGCCAAGGAUGGAGCCGCCGAGGCGCUCAAAGAAGGGGGCCCGUCUCACUUGGCGUUUCUUCAAUUCCUCCACAAUCUGGAUACUCCAACCCUGCAGCAGGAUUGAUGUGAAGCUCUAAACCUCUCAUGUGGGAUUUGGGCAGCGCGCGAUUAUUUUGAUGUUAUAUGCGAAUUAUGCUUGUUUCUGCACCUUUCAAAGUUAGUGUCAUCUAUGUAGGUUUGCUAUUUCUAGUUUUCAAUCUUGAGCAAAAUGAACGCAGAGAGAGCCCGCACCUUUUCCCUCC